CAAUGGCUGCCAAGUCAUCAGAAUGCGUUCGUGGUUAACUAUUCCCUAACGCCGGAAAUAUUCAGCUGCUCUUUUGUAGACGAGAUUAGUUCAUGCGACACAUAGUUAAGGAAAAAAAUGCGGAAUAUAUUAAUUUUCGUCGCGUUGUUCGCGUACGUCCAGGGUAUCAGAUUCUAUCUGGAACCGAAUUCGCUGAAAUGUUUGAAAGAAGAGGUCCAAGCGGACGUCAUAGUCGCCGGGGAAUACGAGGUUUCGAUGUCGCCGGGCAUCAAAACCGAAUACAUUGUAAGGGAUUCGAAGGGUGACAUUCUGUCGAAGAAGGAAGAUAUACCUCAUGACAAGAUGUUGAAGUUCUCGUUCGUCACAGAAACUUAUGAUACCUUUGAGAUCUGUUUUAUAGCACACAGCAUACAGCCGUCGUUCUCAGGCAAUAUGAAACACAUGAAACAGGAAGUCCACCUGAGCAUAAAGCGUGGCAUCGAAGCGAAAAAUUACGACGGAUUGAUCGCUGAGGCAGCGAAAUUGAAACCAUCCGAGGUCGAAUUGAAACGGUUGGAAGAUCUGUCCGAGACUAUCGUGCAGGAUUUUGCACGCAUGCGAAAGAAUGAGGAAGAGAUGAGAGAUACCAAUGAGGCGACGAACGCGCGUGUAUAUUAUUUGAGUAUACUGUCCAUAUGCUGGCUGUUGGCACUCGCGAUUCACCAGGUCAUUUACUUAAGACGAUAUUUCAAAGCGAAGAAACUGAUCGAAUGAAACGGCUUAUUAUCAGUUUCUGCCUCAUCACAACUACUAUUUAUUUAUUUUCUCAAUAAAUAAUUAAGAAGCAUUACCACGGGAAUUGUGGGGGGAUUGGCCGAUAAAAAUUUUGUAUACUCCAUCGAAUUUAAAUAAAAAAGAAGACAUCAUUAUAUA